AUGAUAAGAAGGAGAGUAAUUAUUUGCAUCCUUUUUAUGGUGACAAUUUUGGCCAUAAAGACAAGUGCUACUGAUCAGGUAACUAGACAUGAGGAGCAAGUUGUAGAUGCACAGGUGGUUGAACACGAAGAAUUGCAAAGAGAAGAACAAAAACAAAAGAUUCCAUUGUCAGAGAAUGAUCUGUCAACACUAGAAACAAUUAAACAACAAUAUAUUGAGGAUGCAUGGAAGGUCAAGGUAAUGCUCGAGACCAUUGAAGCCCUCGAUAAGCUCGUUAUCGUCGCAGAGAAGAAUGGUAUUACCGAUUUCAGACCAGCCAUCGAGAGCCAUCUUCGUGAGAAGUUGGCCGCCGGUUUCAUUGGUUUCGGUAGUGGUGGUGAAUACACAUACUACAGUCCGGGUGGUCUGCUCACCAACGCCGUCAAUGCUCUUGCUGGAAGUCCAUUCAGUGGUGGUCUAUUGUACAAUCUGCUGAGUGGUAUUUUCGGUGAUAAACCAGUGCCAACCUCGAUCUCACAACUCGGUGUCACUUCGACCAACGGUGGUAACAUUCAGCCAAGUACUGCACCAGUAGUCGGUGUCACCCUCGCUCAAGUAGGUACCAGUGUUAUGGCAACUGCACCUCCACAGGCCUACAUUGCAUCUUCCGGUAACGAGCCAAUCACCGGUAUCAACCCAGGUUACGGUGGUCAAGCUGGUAUUAUCGGACAUGUCAACGGUCCACCUUUACAAGCCACUUUGGCAUCGGGUUUGGGUGGUCUUCCAACUGCUUCACCAUCGAUCUCUUCGACUAUUGCCACUGCUGCUGCCGGUGAAUUGAUUGCAGGUCUUUCCGAUGUAUUGAAGAAUUCCGCUGCAUCUAUUCUCGGUUUAUUGACCGCUGGUAAUCCAGGUCCAAACACAGUCGGUUAUGGUUCCAAGACCAUUGCUUUGUUACCAAAUCCAACUGGUUCCGUAGGACAAGGUAUUGCCGGUACUGGUACCAGUGGUAGCAUUGCUCAAGUUACUUCUGGUCCACCACUUCCAAUCGGUGGUAUUCCAAUUCCAAAUCCAAAUGCAGGUAUUAUCGGACAACCAAUCGGUGGUUCUGGUAUUCCAGGCUUUGGUCCAAACAACAAUGUUAUCGGUGGUUCCGGACAAGUCGGUGGUUCCGGUCCAUACGGAAGUAGAACAGGUGGUAACAAUGCAUUUGGAUUGUUUGGUUCUUCUGUUGGAGGUGGUCCAGGUUUCUCUUUCGGUCGUUCUGGUGUACUUGGUAAGCUUGUCGAUGCAAAUGAAGUCUCGGACCUUCCACUUGUUGCAGAAGAUCUUCCAGCCAAAGACUUAGAAGACAUCCUCCGUGUUAUCGUUAAGCUUAUCAACACUGACAACGAUGAACAAGUCAACAAACAAGUCGCUCAAGAACAGCUACUUGGUGGAUUGUUUGGAGGUGGUGGUGGAUUGUUUGGAGGUGGUAGUGGUGGAUAUGGAGGUGGCGGUGGAUUGCUGGGUGGUGGAGGUUUAUUGGGUGGAUUGUUCGGUGGAAACGGUGGAGGUUUAUUGGGUGGACUAUUCGGUGGUGGAGGUGUCACCCCUGGUGUGCCACCACCAGCCCCAGGACCAAACGGUAUUCCAACAUUGGCCGGAUUGCAACAGCCGGUCGGUACAGUUGUUGCCAUGCAUCCAGAGCUCACUGCAGUUGGCCAACGUGGUGGCGGUAUUCCAGGUGUUACAUUCGGUAACACCUUUGGACCAGUGGUCUCCGGUCAACAAAACGGAGUCGACAUGCUUCCGACUUCUCACACUGUCGGUAUUGUAUUCCCAACUGGUGUCACAUGGGUAAAUCCACCACCCAGAAGAGGUAGAUCCGAUCUUGAAGAGCAACAAUUCUCAAAUGUCCAAAAAGAGGAUACUCAAGAUCAACCAACUGUAGUUCAUGAUUAA